ACAAUAUUCUAUACUUUUCCUUUUUCUGUCUUGAUAAUUCAUACUUGCUGCUCGACCUAAUCUCAAACAAUCCACAGCAAUGGCGCCAAUGAAGGGACUGACGGUGUUUAUAGCGGACCUGCGCAAAUGUCGGUCGCAUGAGGAUGAGGAGAAGCGGGUAAACAAGGAGCUGGCCAACAUUCGCACGAAGUUUAAAGAGACAAAUAUCAACGGAUACAACCGCAAAAAGUACGUGUGCAAGCUGAUCUACAUGUCGCUGCUCGGCUACGAUGUGAACUUUGGGCACCGCGAGGCGGUCGAGCUGAUCACGGGCGCCAAAUACAGCGAGAAGCAGAUCGGAUACCUGGCAGUCUCCCUUUUAAUGUCCGAGGACACGACGCACGCACAAACCGUAGUCUCAGCGCUUCGCCGUGACCUCCACGACACAAACGAAUGCAACGUAUGCCUGGCGCUCAAUGCUAUAUCCAACAUUUGCACGCGCGAAAUGGCCGAAGGCCUGACACAGGAUAUAGUUGUACAGCUGCUUUCGCCAGCAGCCAGCAUGUUUAUCAAGAAAAAGGCUGCGUUGUGUUUGCUGCGGCUGCUGAGGCGGUUUCCUGAGGCUGUCAAUGCCCCGCAGUGGGCGUCCAGGGUGGUGCCGUACCUGGGCCACCGCGACAUUGGCGUCACGCAGUCGGUGGCCUCGCUGGUGACUGCGCUAGCCCAGCAGUUCCCCGAGGAGACCCGCAAGGCCGCGUCCUUUGCCGUGCGCAGACUCAAUAGCCUGGUCAUCGACAACGAGUACACUCUGGAUUACGUGUACUACAAGGUGCCGGCGCCGUGGCUGCAGAUCAAACUCCUGCGGCUGCUACAGUACUACCCAGCGCCGGAAUCCACCGAGAUGCGCACCGUGCUACUGAGCAUUCUGCGGCAUAUCAUUGACGUGUCGCAAGAUACUCCGCGUGAGCUGCAGCAGAUGAACGCCCAGUACUCGAUUCUCUUCGAGGCCAUCAACCUGGGUAUCCACCUGGAUGUCGACCAGGGGCUGAUGCAAGAGUGCGCUGUGCUGCUUGGCCGCUUCAUUACGUCGCGCGAAACCAACGUGCGCUACCUCGGGCUUGAAACCAUGGCGCAUCUGGCCGCGUACAUUGACCGCCUGGACUCGAUAAAGACCUACCAGGGGGUGAUCAUCCAGUCACUGCGCGACCGCGACGUCAGCGUGCGGCGCCGCGCCCUGGACCUGCUCUACUCAAUGUGCGACGUCAGCAGCGCCAAGACCGUGGUCUCCGAGCUGCUGCGGCAUAUGGCGCUGGCAGACGUCGGACUGCGCGAGGAGAUGGCGCUCAAGGUGGCGAUAUUGACGGAAAAGUUUGCCACUGAGUACUCCUGGUACGUCGAUGUCAUGAUGCGGCUAGUGUCCUUGGCCGGCGACCACAUGGGUGAUGAGGUCUGGCACCGCAUUGUGCAGGUUAUUUUGGGCAACGAGGAGUUGCAAGUGUACGCGUGCAAGAUCUCCCUGCAGACGCUCAAGGCUCCGGUCUGCCACGAGAGCGCAUUCAAGGUAAGCGCCUAUGUGCUGGGCGAGUUUGGUCACCUGAUAGCCAACUCGGACGACAGCGCGCCCAUUGAGCAGCUCAAAGCCCUACAGAGCAAGAUGCCAGCGAUGUCCCAGGCCGCCCGGGCAGUGGCCCUGACGACUGUCGGCAAGUUCAUCAACUUAUUCCCAGAGAUCAAAACCCUAUGUCUGCGUGUCCUCGACAGGUAUCGCGGUGCUCUGGAUGCUGAGCUGCAACAGAGGGCGUGCGAGUACUAUGCGUUGGGCACAUUGGAGAGCGAGGAUCUUUUGCCGACGGUUUUCGAGGAGAUGCCGCCGUUCCCUGAGCGCCAAUCGGCGCUGAUGUCCCGGCUGCUCAAGAGGGAGUCACACACGGAGGACCAGCGCACCUGGGUAUUUGGCGGCCGCGACAUCAACCGCGAGCGCCGUGGUCUCUCUGCAUCGCAGCCCGAGGCAGAGUCCCCAGCAGCUGCUGCCAAGGAAGAGCAGCAGCAGCAGCAGCCAACUCAACAAUCACUAUCACAGUUGGAGCAGAAACAGCUCACGGCUUCAGACCAGGUUGUGGCCAAGAGCAUGCGACACUACGCACGGCUUCUCUGGGAGAACGACGGCAUUUUGUACGAUGGCGAUGAGAUUCAAGUGGGCUUGGUCGCGCAGUACAAGCCCCCAGCCGGCCGUAUCGGCGUCUUCCUUGGCAACCGCUCAACAGCGCCCAUGUACGGAAUUUCCAUCAGCGCCAGCAGCUCCGAUGCAAGCAAGGUUUCUAUCCAGCCAGCUGCUGGUCAAGACGUCCUGCCGGAGACACUUCUUCCCUUGGCGCAAGCGCGUAUCUUCUUUGACGUCCACUGCUUGCAGGUUUUCUCAACCGCACCUUUGCUGCGGAUUUCGUACACAGUGGCAGGAUCACCGACGGUGUCGGAGCUGCAGUUGCCGGUGACUGUGGGUCAUUUUAUGAAUCCGGUGACUAUAGCUGUGGGGGAUUUCUUUGCGCGGUGGAAGCAACUGGGGGAUUCGGGGAUUGGCGAGUCGCAGCAGGUGCUGAAGGCAGCGUUUUUGGCAUCGGAUUCGGCGGCCGGCGAGUGGCUGCGCAGUGUGGUUGGUGGCAUGGGAUUUGCGCUGAUUCAGGGUGCAGACCCGGAGCCGACCAAUAUUGUCGGCGUAGGUAUUGCCACGACACAGGCUGGCCGCUUUGGGUGCCUUGUCAGGGUUGAGCCCAAGACCACACAUGGCCUAGUGAGGGUCACGCUGAGGGCAACUAAUGCUGAGGUUGCGCAGGCUGUGGGUGGCAGCCUGCGGAUGGUGUUUGAAAGUCGGCAGCAGUAGCAGUAGUAGAAGAAGAAUGCUUGAGUUUGUAAACUAUCUAUUUUUAAUUUAGAAAAUAAUAAUAUGAAAUUGUUAUUAUGUAGUUUUGGACCAAGUCUUUUUAUUCCAUUUCUUAGUCAUUGGUUUUACCCAGUGGGGAUUGAGCC